GUGCGUAGCCGAUUAUGGAGGGGAUCGGCGUCACCCUGUCUAGAACGGUGUCCCACCUCGGGGCAUGUGGGCGAGCCCCGUUGCCGGUUCGCACCCUCGGCCUUCUUCCCAUCCGGUUUUCCGCCGAUUUUCCCUAAUUUUCCUUCCGCUUCGAGAACCGUCCGGGUUUUUUCUUCCAGGUUCGCGUCUCUUCCGAGCCGUCGCGGGAUGUUUUACUGCUUGUUUGACGUGCAGGGCCUCGGCGUCGGAAGUGCGGCAACGCCGGCUCGGCUCUGAGUCGGCCCGACUGGCUUCCCGCCUGCGUUAGUAGUGGGCAGAACGGCUAGAGAGGGGGAAGACGGGGAUUGCCCAGUCGGGUUCUCUAUUUCUCUCGUUCGUCGGUUUUUCGUCUUUCACCCGUUGUGCGAGGAUCGUGAUAUGUGCUGAGAUGGCGCACGGCGUCGAAGAAGCGUUGGAACGGGGCUCGAAGAAGAGGGCGAAGCCCCGACAGGGGAAAAUGGGCUCGAGACGGAUUUUCUCGCCCCAGUUCAAACUCCGCGUCCUCGACUCGUACAGGAAGGAUUCCGACUGCAGGGGGAAUCAGAGGGCGACUGCGAGGAAGUUCAACAUCCACAGGAGGCAGAUACAGAAGUGGUUGCAGAUGGAGAGCGCGUUGAGAUGCUCGGCCGAGGGAGCGUCGGAGAGCGAGGCGGUGGCCUUGAACCUAGCCGCGGCCAGACAGCGGGACGACAGCCGCCUUGCGGGUUGCCUAUCCGAGCCGCGGAUAGAAGUCGACAAGGUCUCGGAUUCCGAAGACGAUCUGAGCGAGGAUUGCGACCAGGACGGCGCGCUCGACUUCACCUGCGCCGCCCUCAGCAAAAGGAGGUUUUUCUCCCUGGAUUUCAAGCUUGACGUCCUCAACGCCUUCCACGGCGAUCCGUCCUGCUACGGGAACCAACGGGCCACCGCCAGGAAGUUCAACGUACACAGGCGGCAGGUUCAGAAAUGGCUCGACCAGGAACACCUCCUCAGAGGCGAGGAGAACGGAUGCCUAGACCUCUCUUACAAGAAAUUCGAGGACGACUCUUCGAGCAGGACCAUCCUCGACUUGGACGCACCUAGGACCCAGGUCCAGGAAACCGCCCUAUGUCUCGUCAAACGUCCCGAAGCUCCCAAAGAGCUCUUCAGGCCUUACUCCUUGUCACCGGAAGCACCCAACUACGAGCUCUGCUGGGGCAGCUGCUGCACCUUCUACACCCCCAUCCACAGCGUGACGGAAUGGCUCAACCAAGACGCCCAUUACUACAAGCAGGCCGUCAAAGACAUCAACCUCUACUCGCCCAUGUUCAGCUAAUGAAGAUCCCAGAUCAAAUUUAGUUGAGAAUAAGUGCCAAAUCUUUAUAGUUUUUAACUAUUACGACUUUCAGACUGCUAACGAUUGUAACUCAUAUGUCUGUUUCUGGAUAAUUAAAACUUUUAAGGUUAUAUUAUUCGAAAAUGUUACGCCGUCUUCCAAUUUGUUAAUGAUUAAAGCUCUCAGGUUUUCUACUUUUAAUCCUUGUGUUCAUUUAUAUUUAAACUAUAUUUUGUAUAUAUAAAUGUUAUAUAAGUAUUUUUCUAUUUAA